AUGGCCUCCCGAGGGAACGAAGGCAGAAGCCGGGCGGCCAAGGUUGGCCACCGGAAGUCCCGGAAUGGGUGUCUAAAGUGCAAAUCACGUCGAGUCAAGUGUGACGAGAGACGACCAACUUGCGGCAACUGCAAUCGUCUGCAGAUGGACUGCUCGUGGCCCAGCCCACCUCAGGACCAUGGCCAGCAAGCACAGUUAUUGCCAACGCCUUCUCCUGGCAAUCAACAGCACCUUUCGCCUUCGGCCGUCAGCAACAGCACGUCUCCUGCAUCGCACACGCCUGAGCACGUCGCUGUUUCCCCAAACUGGCCACGUUGGCCAAGCAAUGAGAACAUCUUCACAAAGUCCAGCUUUCAGUUAAACAACUCCAACGACCUGGAUUUGCCCGAGUCCAAAGCUCGACGCCUGAUGGAGCACCGUCUGAUGCAGAAUUGGUAUCUUGUUGCCCACAAUCCCUUUCCGCUGAGCCCAGCCCCCGAAUGGCGAGACAUAUGGGCUAAGACUAUGCCCGCGAUGGCCCUGAAGCAUGAGAAUAUUCUCUUUGGCAUCUCGGCUCUCUCAGCCACAAACCUUCUCCGCUCGGAACCCGAGGACAAGGAUAUCUACACGGCUCGCGAGAGCUACUUUAUUGCCGCACUUCACGCCCAGCGAGAGGAGGUCGCGAAGCUGACUGUCGAUACCGCAGAGGUCGUGUGCUUUGGCGCGCUGCUCAUCUCCAUCGCGGCGUUUGCGAUGCUGCAGGAACGCACCCUGACCCCUUACCAGCCACCAAUGGACUGGCUGCAAGUUGGCCGCGGCGCCGGCAUCGUCAUCCGGCAGAGCAUCCAGACCAUCUUCACGCUCUCCCAGGAGGCCGACCACCCCGCCCUGAUGAACGCAGCCAAUACUUACCCCUACUUCGGUCGUGACCAUACCUAUUUCAGCCCUGAGCAUCGCGUAAACUUCCACGGCGUGCUCACGCAGCAUCUUCACUCCGGCGACGACUGGGGUGACGAGGAGACACGAGAAGCCUACGAGAAGACAUUGAGUUACGUCGGCAGCAUCCAGAGUGGUCUCAACCAUGGCGAGCCUGUAUACGCCAUCACGAGGCGGAUCCAAGCAUUUCCACUGCUGAUCCCGGCCAAAUACAUUGAAUUGCUGUCCUUGCAGCGUCCGCGGGCGCUGGUGGUAUUGGCACAUUUCUGGGCGACAAUCGCCCAGGUGCACAAUGUUUGGUGGCUGGGUGAUGAGCCGUUCAUGGGCGAGGAGUCUACCGCAAAGAGGGAGAUCCGUGCUAUUAGCGGGGUCCUACCGCGGAAAUGGCUGACCACCAUGGUCUGGCCCAUGGAUAUGGUGGACUUGAAGAUCUCAAGCUACAGUGGGGAUGCAAGUCUUUCUUACUAA